CCGAGGGAGGACCCUGAAGCCCCGAAAAGGCUGGGAGGGAGGAGCUCACGGAGGCCUGAAGGCUGAAGGACAGCGGAGGCCAGAAGGCGGGGGUCAUGCAUGCCAGCGAGAGAAGAGAGGAGACUGCCUCCCACCAAGCAUUCACCCAGGCCAGCACCCAGGGUGGGAAAGGAGAGAAAUGAAGUCCAAGUCGAACAGCAGGGGAGCUGGUCCCAGGGCCGAACAGGAGAGCUCUCCAGGCAGAAGCAGCAAACGCAAGAGCCCCCGGCGGGAGGAGCAGGGUCUAGGAAACUUGGAUCCUGUGAGGCUGCAGAGCAGCAGGAGGACCUGCCUGGAGAGGGACUGCGGUGAGGCUGCAGCCAUGGCCCUAAGGAGGGAGGAUGCUGGCUGGCGACCUGGUUGGCCCCAUUCAGUUCCCAGCCCCCUCGCCAGGCGGGAAGGUGACAACCGCGAGAAGGAGGGCGACCUUCUCGGUGGGGGCUUCGGGUGACAUCACAUCCUCCAAAUGCGAAAUCAGGCUCUGAGGCCGGCCGGCCGCCAAACCUCCCCGUCUGCGCCCCGCGGGCUCCUGAGCGCCUCCCCCGGCGUCCGCGCCUCGACUGGCUGCGCAGGGAUCGCCAUGGCCUCGCGGGGGACCUCCCGGCUGCUGCGGCUGGCGCUGCUGCUUGGCGCCGCCGUGGCCCUCGGGUCCAGCCAGUUCCGAAUGCAGCCGCCGAAGGUGGACGCGGAGAGGGGCCAGCGGGUGGAGCUGCACUGCGAGGUGCUGAUGGCCGGCGGGGCGCAGGGCUGCUCGUGGCUCUACCAGCCGCCCGGCGUGGCCGCCCGACCCACCUUCGUCCUGUACAUCUCCACCCACCGGACCAAGCUGGCCGAGACGCUGGACCCCGAGCAGUUCUCGGGCGCGAAGACCAAGGACAGCUACCGCCUGACCCUGCACAGCUUCCGCGAGGAGAACCAAGGCUACUACUUCUGCUCGGUGGUGGUCAGCUCGGAGAUAGUCUUCAGCCCCUUGGUGCCCGUCUUCCUGCCAGCCAAGCCCUCCCCGACGCCAGCGCCAAGGCCGCCCUCGCCGGCGCCCUCCACUGCCUCGCUGCCCCGGUCCGUGCGCCCCCCGGCUUGCAGACCCGCGGCGGGUGGUGCAGUGGACACCAGGUGGCUGGACUUGGCCUGUGACAUCUACAUCUGGGCACCCUUGGCCGGGACCUGCGUGGUCCUUCUGUUGUCCCUGGCCAUCACCGUCAUCUGUCACCACCGAAACCGGAGGCGGGUCUGCAGAUGCCCCAGACCCCUCAGACCAGAAGGCAAGCCCGGCCUUUCAGAGAGAUCCGUCUGACAUGGCGCCAGGGACAGCCACUACGUGGCUCCAGACUGAGCCCUCCCCGCAAGAGAGCCUGCCCUCCUCUUCCGGUCCCUGGUCCUCCUUCCUGUGUUCAUUCUCCUUACGCGGUGGGCAGGGUGGGAUGGGUCGUGGUUUCCGCAUGUAUUCACUUGGCUUCGCACCAGACUGCCUGUCUACAGAAAGCCGCCUGGCCAGCCGUGCUGUGCACUCACACGGGGGCCGAGGGCCAGCGGGCAGAGCUACCGCAGGCAGAGUGGCCCCUGCCACUCCGGGUCUCACCUUCUCCACCUCUUCUCAGAGGCUGAAGCCUGGGGGUGGGAGCCACUUGGUCAGUGGCACAGGGGUCAAGCUGGGAGCCGGAGGUGCGGCACAGGCUGUCCCCACCCGUGCCCGUCUCCUGGAGAGCCGAGCCUGUGGGUGCUUGUCUCCCACCACAGGGGGUGAGCAUUCCUUAGCCCCGGGGUGUGAGCUUUGGGGCCCUGAGCCCGCAACCUGUCGUGGCCUCUGAUGUGGCUGGACACCAAGCUUCGUGCAGUUGAGCGGUCAGCACAGAUUUCCACAAUAAAGCCGAAGGC